CCCCCGGCGCUCGCGAUGGCGGUCACGCGCGUCGCGGUGGCCGCCGCCCUCCCGGCCGCGCCGCCCUCCUCCCGCCGCCGCCGGGCCGCGCUCCCCUCCUCCUGCCGGCCUCUCCCCACCGCCCGCGCGUCCAAGGCGCUGCACGCCGCCGCCGCCCCCGCCGCAGGCGCGGUUGACGAGGAGGCCCCUGCCGCGCCGCCUUCCUCAGAUUCCAGCAAGGGAGUGGAGAACCUGGUGAUCGUUGGUUCCGGCCCGGCCGGGUACACUGCUGCAAUUUACUCUGCCAGGGCGAACCUGAAGCCCGUCGUGUUCGAAGGGUACCAGGUGGGUGGUGUCCCUGGGGGGCAGCUGAUGACCACGACCGAGGUGGAGAAUUUCCCUGGUUUUCCAGAAGGUAUAACAGGACCUGAUCUGAUGGACAGAAUGCGUAAGCAAGCGGAACGCUGGGGUGCAGAGCUUCACCAAGAGGAUGUUGAGUUUGUGAAUGUAAAGAGCAGCCCAUUUGUUAUCCGUAGCAGCGAUCGUGAGGUGAAAUGUCAUAGUGUAAUCAUUGCAACUGGAGCAACAGCUAAGCGCCUCCGUUUGCCUCGUGAAGAUGAAUUUUGGAGUCGAGGUAUCAGCGCAUGUGCCAUAUGCGAUGGAGCAUCGCCACUGUUCAAGGGUCAAGUUCUUGCAGUUGUUGGAGGUGGUGAUACAGCUACAGAGGAAGCAAUAUAUUUGACAAAAUAUGCUCGCCAUGUUCAUUUACUUGUUAGAAAGGAUCAGCUACGGGCAUCCAAAGCUAUGCAGGACAGAGUACUCAACAACCCCAACAUAACAGUACAUUUCAAUACCGAAGCCAUGGAUGUUGUUAGCAAUGAUAAAGGUCAGAUGUCUGGCAUUCAACUGAAGAGAACCGAUACAGGAGAGGAAUCAGUUCUUGAGGUGAAAGGUCUAUUUUAUGGCAUAGGACAUACUCCAAACAGUCAGCUGUUGCAAGGUCAGAUUGAACUUGAUAGUGCUGGCUAUAUUUUAGUUAAAGAAGGUUCAGCCAAAACUUCGGUGGAUGGUGUGUUUGCUGCUGGUGAUGUUCAGGAUCAUGAAUGGAGGCAAGCGGUUACUGCAGCUGGAUCUGGAUGUAUAGCUGCUUUGUCAGUUGAAAGAUACUUAGUUGCCAAUGAUCUUCUUGUUGAAUUUCACCAGCCUGUUCAAGAAGAAACACAGAAGGAUAUUACUGACAAAGAUGUUGAAAUGGGCUUUGACAUUUCUCGCACAAAACACAAGGGACAGUAUGCACUCCGAAAAAUAUACCAUGAGAGUCCACGGCUCAUUUGUGUUAUAUACACUUCUCCCACAUGUGGUCCAUGCAGAACCUUGAAACCAAUUUUGAGCAAGGUUAUAGAUGAGUAUGAUGAAUACGUUCAUUUUGUUGAAAUUGAUAUUGAAGAGGAUCCUGAAAUAGCAGAGGCUGCAGGCAUCAUGGGAACACCUUGUGUCCAAUUUUUUAAGAAUAAAGAAAUGCUCAGGACUGUCUCUGGUGUGAAAAUGAAGAAGGAAUAUCGGGAGUUUAUCGAGUCGCACAAAUGAGUUGGACAUGCCGUACACGCCCCUGAAUUUUUCUAAGACUUGAAGUACAGUCAUUGUUUUGCGCUCUUUUAGAUGCCACCCCGGUGGCCAAUUUUUGAUCAGAUUUUAAGAUGGGCCUGGUGUAAAUGCGAUGCCAAAGGAAAUUAGCCGAUCUCUCAUAUUGGAUCCAACAGCACAAAAUAUAUUCUUUGCUGUGUACAACAUACAUGGACUUGACCCCCUGCUGAUCAUUGUCUUGACACUGAAAACUACUUCCACGGAUUUAGCCUC